UAUAGAAAGACAUAACCUGAAUGAAAUGUUACUUAUUCUGAGUGAAUGACACUGGUGGUUCGGAUGAAGUGUGUGUCACGUGAAGUUACAUAAACUUCUGGACAGCUGGAGAGAGAGUGGUGUCGCAGGCGGUCAGCGGGCGGUAACGUUUUUUUCCCCUGUUGUGACGCCGCAAACCGGUGAAGCGACCAAUGAGUCAGCAGCUGAACGGGGGUCAGUUCUUUCCGAAACGGCCUAUAAAUAUAACGUCAACGGCUCUGUUGACAUUAACAGUGAAGAGUAACCCCUCGUUUUCAAUCGUCUUUCGGAGGUAACCGGACAAUGGCAGUCCCUUUAGCUGUGCCUGCGAUACAGCUGAGAACACCAUCAUCCAGCUCAAGUCUGGUGCUGGAUAACAACAUACAUCACAUCAGCGACAGAGAUUUGACAAGGAUCUCGAGUGACAAUGACAUCGACAAUCUGCCUUUACACUCUCCGUGGACUUUCUGGCUCGAUAGGUCUCUACCAGGAACAACAGCUGCCGAGUGUGAGUCAAACUUGAAGAAAAUCUACACUGUGGAGAGCGUCCAGAACUUUUGGAGAGUUUACAACAACAUACCCGGGGUCUGCAGUUUACCACUGAGAUGUAGUUAUCACCUGAUGAGAGGAGAGAGGAAACCACUCUGGGAAGAGGAAAGCAAUGCUAAAGGUGGUGUUUGGAAAAUGAAAGUACCCAAAGAGUGCACUUCUGCUGUGUGGAAAGAGUUGCUGUUGGCUAUUAUUGGAGAACAGUUCAGUGAUUAUUGUGUCUCAGAUGAUGAAGUAGUCGGUGUGAGUGUCAGCGUAAGAGACAGAGAAGAUGUCAUUCAGGUCUGGAAUGGAAAAGCGUCUUGUGCUGACGAGUCAAAAAUCUUAGGAAAGAUCUAUGAGCUCCUUCCACAAAUACCUUUCAAAGCAGUGUUUUAUAAACCACAUGAAGAGCACCACGCUUUUGAAGGAGGUCGAGCAAGACAUUAGCACAUUUUGUACAUUGGAAACCUUGAGAUAGGCAAAGUUUUUCUUUUAUUUCCUACUCUUUAAUAAUAUAUUGGCACGUUUUGAAGCAGUUGAUUUCAUAGUUGUUUAAUGUAUCAUCUUAAUUGCCUCCAAUGAAACUUGGUUGAUGCAGUUUCCUAGCUUCUGAGCACUUCUGUUUCAUUCACAAUAUUCUAUGCCCAAAAUAUAUUUUAUUUUUGGUAAUAAUAAAAAAAUGCAUUUCAGUUUAAUUUUUACAGUGGUAGUUUUUGUAUGUUUUUACACAGUGAAAAUUUGCAACAAAAAAGCAGAUCAUGUACAGUCAGAUUUUUUUUUAGCUCUAUUAUAGCAUAUUUUGUGCCAUCUCCUUCAGCACAGACAAAGCCAUUCAUACAAAUGAAAUAUAAUUUUUGAAGCAAUGUAGAGGUCUACUUCUAAAAAGCAAAGCUUUAUCCUGAUAACAAUACAUCACAUGACUUUUCUAGUCAGCACUCUCUUUGUUUUGUAUCUUUACUACCAGAAUACUGUUGCCUAUACAGGAAAACCUACAUAAUGAUGCUUAGUAUGUAAUGCUAAUACUGUAUAUGAACACAAAGUUGCACAUUUCUUUAAUUUUCUUCUUUAGUAUGAGAGUGAAUUAUGAAUAGAAUACGUUCUUGUUCUGUUAAGAUUACCUCAGUGCGCACAGUAUGAGUAGAUACUGAGAAAUGUAUGCAGUCAUUUCUAUUCUGUGGAGUUUGUGGCAAAUUUGCAAUGUUAUCAAUGAUCAUAUUGUUUCUCCCUGUAUGUGUGUGUGACAUCAGAUACCUUUGGGCUUUGUGUCACAAUUUCUGAUGAAGCUUGAAGCUGUUUCUCGUGUUUUUGUUAUGAGUUUCUUUCUGCUUUUUAAUACGAACUGUGGACGAUAAAGUUGAAAUUAUAUGUUUUACGUAUUCCCGUGUUAAAAAUAAACUUGUGAUACCCGCUGCUUUGUAACACUGAUAGUAUUGGCUCUAGGAAAAAGUAUAAUAACCAUAUCACAUGAAACAGAUAUCUGUCCCAGGGACACAAAAAAUAAGGACAUUAUGUUUUUUUUGGAGAUGUUAAGAAAGUAGUUCGUCAGAGAUGUUUUAUUCCUGCUGUAUCAAACUAUUUUCAGUGUUUUGUUCCCCCUCCUUUGGCCCAUAUGUAACAGGUUGUAUUUUUGUUAUUGAGACUGAAGGGAUGAACUAUGAGCUCACAAAAUGCACUUUUCCCGUAUGUUAAACAGUCUCUGAGUGAGAAUGUCUUCUACGACACAAAGGUUUUUGAGGUAAACUCUGCAGAGAGAGGGAGUUUGCAUUAAAAUGCUGCUAUGAUUCCUCAAUCAAAUACCUUCGUAUUAGUAAUGCCAGUGUGUCUCAAGUCAGGAAUAGUUAGAGAUGGGUUCCACUGAUUUUGCCAAGCUCACUUUUAUUGUCUGUGUAUUUUUUUUUGAACCUGUGUAGUAGGAUGAGCCAAAUAAAUAAACCAUUAACGUCCAGUUGCACAUACACAGUUGACUCACUCUCAGAUGUCAGACCUUGUAACUGAUGGUGCCUUGUGUUUACCAGCAGUUCAGAAUGUUUCAGUAAUCUGUGUUUAGCACAUUGACCUUUUAGCAGUCACGCUCCUCUAUGAACUUUUACAUGUUUGUUUUUUGAAAAAUAAAGUCACCGUAUCUUCAA